AGCUCAGACUGCGCUUUUCAAUCUUGCUCCAAAUGUGGAGGCAAAGUCACAUAUAUGCAUACCAAGAAAGAUGGUAUACCCAAUCCUGCCACCGCAGCGGCACCCCAUAGCCGUCGUCGAACCGUUUUACAUCGUUCUCUCGCAUGCUUCGCAAUAUUAUAUGGUCUGCUUGUCGCAAUUAAGACAGCGCAAAACAUGAGUCAACGUUCCUUCUUCAAUAGGAAAGGUCCUUUUGAGAGACCAUUGACGGGUAGAGCGGCAGAGAAAUACUUUUUAGAAGUUCCAAAUGAGGAGAGCUGCAUUCAAGCCUCUCGUGAUUAUACUGCUGCACCUCAUCGUGCGGGGUCCGAUCGUGAUUUGCAGACGGCCAAAGAUUUCCUUACUUUUCUUCAAAGCGAACUUGGAAUCAAAGCAUCCUCGGAACCUCCGAUCUUUCCCGCCGGUUCGAUUCACUCUCGCCAUGCAACUCUGAUGAUUCCCAAGGCCCCUGUCCCUUAUGCCUGGAUCGACACGUACUAUCCCCUAAUGAAUACACCUUUGGAGAGAAGUCUUCAGACGCUGGAUGCGGAUGGUAAAGUUUUAUGGGAGGCAGACUUGGAAGAACACGCUGAAGAAGAGGAUCCCGAAGCACACAAAUUCAGCAAUUCAGUUCCAACGUUCCAUGGUCUCAGCAAAGGAGCUGACGUUACUGGCAGGCUGAUUUAUGCAAAUUACGGACUGAUUGAGGAUUACGAUGCUCUCGUCGCACAAGGUGUCAACUUCACUGGCGCCAUUGUGCUUACUCGGUACGGAGGUAAUUUCCGAGGAAUCAAGGUACAAAGGGCGCAAGAAUUAGGUGCAGCUGGGGUGCUUAUCUACAGCGAUGUGCGGGAUGAUGGUACUGUCACUGUUCAGAACGGCUACAAGCCAUACCCUCAUGGACCUGCGCGCAAUCCUAAGGCCGUCCAGCGAGGAAGUGUACAAUUUCUAUCCAUGUAUCCCGGAGACCCGACCACACCAGGAACUCCAGCCUACGAAAAUGCCACUCGUACAGAAGGUCUCAACAAACCUCACAUUCCGAGUCUUCCAAUUUCCCAGGAAAAUGGAGAGAAACUUUUGAAACUCGCGAAGGAUGGCUGGAAUGGCACUGUUAGGCUGAACAAUCAAGUUGAUGAGAGGGUCAUGCCCAUCUGGAACACUAUGGCGAUUAUACCGGGAUAUAUCAAAGAUGAAGUCGUGAUGCUUGGGAACCACCGGGAUGCCUGGGUUAUGGGCGCCGCUGAUCCCACCAGUGGAACAGCUUCUAUUCACGAGACUAUUCGGGGCUUUGGUGCACUUAUGAAGAAGGGAUGGAAGCCCUUACGGACCAUUCUGAUUGCUAGCUGGGACGCCGAAGAGUACGGUCUCAUCGGGAGUACCGAGUGGGGCGAAGACUUUUCCGAGUUCGUUGAUAAAUAUGUCGUUGCAUAUCUUAACCUUGAUGGUUCUGCUAGCGGUUCUCGCUUCCAUGUCCAAGCCUCGCCUUCUCUUGCACACCUUACCUAUAGCGCCGCCCUAGAUGUUCCUCACCCCACUGAAGAAAACAAGACCCUUUGGGACGCGACUCAAGAUUCAGGGAAGUACUUUGGUGCUAGGGAGGAUGGUAACGCCGUACUAGAUUCUGAGGCUGUCGCUGUUUACGAAGCGUCAAUCAAUGCUCAGGAUGAGCUUGGAGUUGGAGUACUUGGUUCUGGUAGUGAUUACACCAUCUUCUUGCAGAGAAUCGGGGUUGCAAGCAUGAACCACGGCUUUAGUCAAACUCCGAAUGAUGCAGUGUAUCAUUAUCAUUCUGUGUACGAUUCCGAGCUUUGGGAGGAGACGUACGCUGAUCCAGGUUUCCACCGUCAUGUUGCUGUCGCUAAACAUCUCGGGCUCGUCGCCCUCCGCCUAGCUGGAUCCGUUGUUCUUCCACUGAACACCACGCACUACGCAUAUGAGCUCGAAAGUUAUUUGGACAAAGUCAAAGCACUUGCACUUGCUCAAUCCACAAAGAUCGAGGUUGAUUUAUCACCCUUACGCAACUCGGUUCAUUCCCUCCAAGCCGCGAGUCAGGCGCUCGACUAUGAGAAAUUUGUUGCUGAACGCGAGCUGAGGAAAAUCCUCAAGAAAUGGCACAAAAAGGGCCACAAAAUUCGAAAACUACGUAGAAAAGCUCGGAAGACUUAUUGCAAGAUGUUGAAGAAAGUUUUUGGCAAGGAGUGUCCUUCUCAUCAUCACUCCGAAGAACCCCAUCAACCCCCCCGCCGCGAAGAGGAUGUAUCUCAAGGUCCGAAGAUCGUCAGUUCUGGCAGGGAAGUGGCACGCGAUCUGUACCAUCCCAUUUCUGAGAGGCGAGAGCAGUGGCAGGAACGCCGCGAAAUUAUGCAAGGUCUUGCCCUCUACUUUGGUGUGGAGCUCCCGCCGCCACUUCCUUCCAGUGGCGAGCACACGUGCGGAAAGUCUGCUGGUCGACCCCAUUUUCCUUUACCGAAAAUCUUGAAGGCGAUGAAGCGGAUUCGUACCGUUAACCAGAAGCUUGUCGCAUUCGAACGAGGUUUUAUCUCCGAGGAUGGUCUUCCCUCCAGAGAGUGGUAUAAACAUCUUGGCGUUGCACCAGGACGAUGGUUGGGAUACGGGGCUACCACAUUACCUGCUCUAACUGAAUCUAUCACGCUUGAUAAAAACUCGACGUUGGCGAAACACGAAGCUGAUCGUCUUCAGACCCUCGUGGACAAGCUUGUGGCAACGAUUCGGGUCUAAUACCCUAGGUAAGUAUGAUGAGAAGAUGUAAACUGUAAUAUAAGUAUAUAACAUUUGUACUUUCAUUUCGCCGCUGAUAGGUUCUUCCGAAGACCAUCAUGCGUCUUUCUUUCGCUGUUAAAUGAUAUUUGUUGUCUUGAAUUCACUGUUCCUCUCCGUUCGGACUGUGAUGAAGUGAUUAUUUAAAUCAAAUCAACGACUUGU